GUAGAAACAAAUAACAACAGUGUUGAUACAUUCGGCGAAGAGAGAUUUCGAAAUUGACUUUUGUCUAAAACCCUAUGAAGGAAGAGAAAAGAAGGAGAAAUUGACCUCUCUCAGUUCGUAAAAGACGAUGAAAUAAAUGGUAAACCUUCUUCAAACUUCAGGAGAAACGCAAGAGCGAGUGAGACUAAGAUGCAGUUCUCGGAGAGACUGAUUGAGGAAUUUCUACGAAGUAAUCUCGAUGAUAAAAAAGUUCGCAUAAGUGCAGAUGCCAUCAAGAUGGUUGCAGAGUUAGCAAGAUUAAUAGUGACAGAAGGAGCAACAAGAGCAGCUCACCAAGCAACGACAGAAGGUGCUGACACUGUUACACUUCAGCACAUGGAGAAAAUCCUUGCUCAAUUGCUCUUGGAUCUAUAGUGGGGAGAAGGAAUAGUAAAGAGAGCAAGUUAUACCAACAUUCCAGUACUGAGUAGUAUUCUCAUAAAUUAUGUGAGUUUAAGCCUACAAUGGCACUUUUUUCCCAUUAAAAAGGGAAAUGCAAAAACAAAUUGUGUAUUGGAAAGGUAUUUGGACAUGAUAUAAUCUCCGAAGGAAAGAUCCUCUGUAUUCUAAUAUUUGCUUCACUUCACAUGGCAAUAAAUGACUUCCAUUUAA